CUAGGCUGGUUUUGCUGUCGACUCUCUUUCUCUCCCUCAUUGCUCAAAAAUACAAGUGCUUCUACUAUUGUUCCUAAUAAAAUCCCUGCUGUCUUUUUUUCCCUCUUUCUGGCAGAUAAGUGCUACCUCUCCUACCACUGCUACUAAUCUCUCUCUUUCUCUCUCUCUCACUCUCUCUUGCUCUCUCUCCUGUGUUUGGGGGUAAUAAGAUCAGAUGGAACCAUGUUGGAGGGGCUUUUACCCCAGAUACCCACACCCUUGACCCUUUUGGGGGUGGUGCUGGUGCUGUUUUUGCUCUACCUGCUCUCCUCUACCCCUGGACCUGGAAAAAGCCCACCGGGACCCAAACCCCUGCCUCUCCUCGGGAACCUGCUCCACCUGGACCUGAAACGGCUCCAUGUGUCUCUCUGUGAGCUGUCUAAGAAAUAUGGAUCUGUGUUCACUGUACAUGUGGGCCCAAAAAAGGUGGUUGUCCUGGCUGGCUACAAGACAGUCAAACAGGCUUUGGUCAACUUUGCUGAGGAGUUUGGAGACCGGGAAAUUGCACCCGUGUUUAGAGAUGCUUUCAAAGAGCAUGGUGUUCUGUUCGCCAACGGAGACUCCUGGAAGGAGAUGAGGCGCUUCUCCCUCUCCACCCUGCGCAACUUUGGAAUGGGCAAGAGGGGGAGUGAGGAGAAGAUCAUUGACGAAUCUCGCCACCUCAUUGAGGUGUUUGAGAAUUUUAAAGGCAAGCCUUUCAACACCACACAGCCAGUGAAUUACUCCGCCUCCAACAUAAUCAGCGCCAUCAUGUAUGGCAGCCGCUUUGACUACGCUGACCCUGCCUUCCAAAAAAUGGUCAGCAGGGCCAAUGAAAAUAUGAGGCUUCUUGGUUCAGCUGAAAUACAGGUGUAUAACGUGUUACCCUGGCUGCGCUGGUGUUGUGGCCGGUGGCUGGUGAAUCGGACCCGGAGUUUGAAGAAUAUCGACUACAACAUUGAGGAGAUUAUGGAGCUGGUGCAGGGACUGAAGGACACACUCAACCCCCAGGACCCCAGGGGAUUUGUGGACUCCUUCCUAGUUCGACAGCAAGAGGAGUCAGACCAUCUGGGUUCCUGCUUCCACAACAACAACCUGAACUUUACUGUCAGUAACCUGUUUGCAGCAGGGACAGACACCACUGCAACCACCCUGAGAUGGGGCCUGCUGCUGAUGGCCAAGUACCCCUAUAUACAGAAUCAGGUUCAGGAGGAGCUGAGUCGGGUCAUUGGGGAUCGGGAACCCCGGAUGGAGGACCGGAGGAACCUGCCCUACACAGACGCCGUGAUCCAUGAGACCCAGAGACUGGCUAACAUUGCACCCUUGAGCAUUCCCCACACCACCAGCUGUGAUGUCACUUUCCAGGGAUACUUCAUCAAGAAGGGAACUACAGUGAUCCCACUCUUGGCGUCAGUGCUGCAGGAUGAGGAAGAAUGGGAGACCCCCCACAGCUUCAACCCUGGCCACUUCCUGGACGAGAAGGGCUGCUUCAUCAAGAGAGAUGCCUUCAUGCCCUUCUCUGCAGGGCGACGGGCCUGUCUGGGAGAGAGCCUGGCCAGGAUGGAGCUCUUUCUCUUCUUCACCUUCCUCCUGCAGAGGUUCCGCUUUACACCACCACCGGGGGUGUCUGAGGAUGAGCUGGACUUGACGCCGUCUGUGGGGUUCACCCUCAACCCUUCUCCCCACCAGCUGUGUGCUGUGAGCCGGGCCUAAACCCCACUCCAGCUGUGUGCUGUGAGCCGGGCCUAAACCCCACUCCAGCUGUGUGCUGUGAGCCGGGCCUAAACCCCAAGGCAAGGCAAUAGGUGGAAACUCGGAAAUUCAUGUUGUUCAGUUUUAAAAGAUCUAUGCUGGUUUCUCCAAUUUUACAAUUCUUCCAGGGAGACAGUUAGGUUAAGGGUGAAAUUUAAACUUCUGAAACAGGACGUUUGGGAAUACAGGACAGCAUUCUUGGUAAUUUCACUGUAAAGUCUGCAGCUUUGUAGACUCAUUCCCUCAAGCCAAUUUGAUGGUCAAGAGACUUGUUUUACCUACUUCACUUGCAUUUCUAACAGAUUGGACCACACUUGAAGAAGGCAACAUUCAACUUCCUGUUUCUGAAGGGAUUCUCUGUUCUGGUUCCUCAGUGGUGGAAUGGCCUGACUACCACAGUUAGAACGUCAGAUUCCCUCCGCUUAUUUUGAUGGAAUAUGAAAACACACCUUUUACCUCCUGAUUUACUAAAAAUCUGCAUGUACUUACUAUUACUAUUGUUUAUGUCUGUGCUGCAUGCAAUCUAUGGAUUUAAUGCUUUUAACUUGUUGAAGAACUUAUGCACUUAUUGUAAAUCACUUUGGAUUAAAAGUGUCUGCUAAAUGACUCAAAAGUAAAUUUCUUCUGGUUCUUAGGAUGACAUUGACACCGAGGCUCAUAAACAGUGCUGAAACAAAGUAAUGAUGUUUCCCAGAAAAUUUAAGAUACCCAUGCUGGCUGUAGCACAUUGGAAAACAAUCGUGCUAAAUGUUGAAUGUAAAUAUUUCACAGGAUUAUCAAUCAAUUUUUUUUCAUGUUUCCCAUUCAGUAAGCCCUCUCUUCCUUCUCCUUUCUGUGAUUUUUGUAUCUUUUCCUAUUCGUAUCAUAAUUCUGUUGUUAAUUCUGAUUUACUUCACAUGUCUUAUCCUGAAGGAAUUGUAGCAUACAGUUUAGGGUACUGGGCUUGCCACUCCAAUGUUGUGUUGUCAACAGUAAAAAUUAAGUCUUCUUCUGAUUAAUGGUCUUGUGCACAGCUAGGGUGGUUAACAGAUUACAGAAGCAGAUUUUCUGUGAAUGUAAACACUGUGAUGGCAGGGUGCCAGCUGGCAGCAGUUAGCUUCAGCUUUCUUUGAAAUCUAACUUAGUGAGCAAUGAGUUGGAAUCAUUGUUGGUGUCAGUUGGUCCACACACCCGGUUUCGAGUAUGGACCUCUUUGUAUGCCAAUAUGGGAGCUAUACCCAUAUUAAUAUUCUGUGUGUUGAUCCAGACAAGACUAGAGUAGGACACAAACCAGAUACCAAUGAUCCCAACUGGUGACCCAACCCUACUGUAGAGGAGCAGAGAGGAGACCUUACUGCUCCACAAACAUCAUUGGCGACCUGUCCAGGGUGUAUUCCUGCCUUUCGCCCAAUGUAUGCUGGGAUAGGCUCCAGCCCCCCUGCGACCCUGUUCAGGAUAAGCGUGUUAAGAUAAUAGAUGGAUGUAUGUGCAUGCUGUGAAAUAAAUGUAUCCUGUCUCAAA